UACAUGUACUUUUGAAGUUAAAAUAUUUUUGCCACAAUCCCUUUUGACAUCAUUAUUUCUCUCCGGAUUCCAUUCGAAUUUUUGUCCUUCGUCUCAGUUGGAAAAACGUGUUACCAGACCUGAUAUUACAGUUGCCUCCCCCAAGCUACAGUAGUAUCAGUAUCGAGGAUGCCACAAGGAGGGAGUCAGACAGAUUCGAUUGCUUCUUCUGAAUCCAGUGUUUUCCCACCAUCCGCAACAGUGGAAGCAAUCGAAUGCGAUGAUGACGAUAUAGAAUCAGGCAAUAGUGAUCCAAUUCCAACGAUCGAUCUUUCAUCGUGUGCCGAAGCCUGCGAUGUGGUGUCAGAUGCUGAUUCAGUACAUGUAGAUAACGAAGAUGAGGAAGGUCAUGCUACCGCUGUUACCGUGGACACUACUGCUGUCAUCUCCAUGGAUGGGAGAAUGCCUGCGGAGAGUGAAGAUGAGAAACGAGCGGGAUUUAUCAGCGCUACAAUCAUCAUAGCAUCGAUUGACACAGAACUCGGCUUGUCCUUUCGGUCGUUGCCAGAGGAGAAUGGAUUCUACAUUUCACAAAUCAAGAAAACGGGUUUGGUCUUCAAAUCUGGAGCUCCUUUUCAAGUAGGAGACAAGGUCAUCAGUAUCAACAAUAAGAGUUGUGGUGCACAGAUGGAUCACAAAUAUGCUGCCAAAAUGCUGCGAGAAUCCUCUGGUUUUGUCACCAUUGUGGCACAGAAUAAUAAUACCAAAAAGGGAGAUUCUUGCAAAGUGGAAUCCAUGAUCACAAAGCCAUAUCCGAAUGCCCGGGCGGGUAUUGGAUUCUCCUCCUCGGAUAACCCUUCCAAAAUAUACGUCUGCAGUGUCUUUUUCGACGGCUUGUUUGCAAACUCCUUGCUGGCCGUUGGUGAUCAGGUACUGUCCAUCAAUGGGAUUCCCUGUCGGGACCUGGAUCCCACUGCCGCUGCUGAUAUUAUCAAGUCUUCUCCAAAAUACGUGACAAUCAGUGCCCGAAAAUUUCAAGGGAAUGGGGUCGUGGUGGCGUCUAGUAGUAACAGUGAUACUGCCAAACGAAUACGGUUCUGUGGCAGUCGCACGACGAGGCGUCUUUGUCGGUGGCUGUGUUCAGUGGUAUUCUUGGCAGCUUUUGUCACGCUCAUCCUUUUUGUGAAGGCAAAUUGAACCAAAGUUUCAACUCCAUGGUUUACUUUAUAGUUCAAUCAGGCAUCGGGCGAAUGAGGAGUUCGGUUAGUUGCUGGAACGUUUUUUUUUUGCCUCAUGAACACUUGCGUGUUGACGGAAGAGCACACCUCAACAAACGUCGGGAUAUUGCGGGGCAGUCCUGGAAUAUCCUGCUGGCCGAGACAGAUCUACGAUUUUGUAUCUUUCCUGGAGUGCAUCGAAUCGAAUCCGGGUUGUCGUCGUUGUCAGGCAAGCCACGGCUAAUUGCAUUUCUGGCAGCUACCUGGUACCAACCGAACAACUGAUCUACCAUUGGAACCCGAAAGAACGCGAGAGUGCUUCGCCUCACGAAUGAUAUGUAGCAACAAGCAAGUUUAUUGUCGCUAGCUAGAGUAUACCCAAAAGAGCAAUCCAUCCAAUUCACAUGAUGGAGCAAGCCGAAGAUGAACCCCCAAGGGCUCCCGAAAGAAUCGAUUGGGAAAGACUCAUUCCAGAACCUCCUCCCUUCCAUCGUUGCAACAAAUCUUCUGCAGACGAAGGCUCCACCGCAUUCCAUUCCAGAGCAGCUUCUUGGCCCAUAAUUGGGUGGCCAGUGGCGUGUGGAAUGACAACCAGAGACGGUAUUUGGGUAACAUCGAGGAACCUGAGAACCGUAUUGGCAUUGUUGUUGGUGUCACUAAAGUACGUGAAACCUGUUCCUUGCAAGAAAACAUCCAUAUCUGCUUUUUCUGUUUCAGUUUGAGCCUCUGAGUCGCCACCGAAGAGCGCCAAGCAGUGAACUGUGUCCGAGUGAUCAUUACAGAAAUUUGCUACAGUUCGUCGCAACUUUAGAGAGUGUGGUUGGGUGGCAUGAAAGAAGAAUAGCAGCGUGAUUUCCGUCUUUGCAAUCUGAUCUUCCAGUGCAGCAGUCUCGGCACUCUUAGCUUCAGCAGAAGAUGCCUCGAUGUCCUUAUUCUUCGCUUGUCGUCGUGAUCCUUUUCUCAGCAGCAGUUUCGUGGUAGUCAGCAACUCCAAAUCAAAAGGAUGCAGUUUAUACUCUUGUUCCUUUUUGAACAAAGAUAGCACUCCUCGAUACACAGAGCGAGGAGGAGAAGACUCUUCAUUGGUGUCGUUUGGUGUCGUCAUUGUGGCCAUGAAAAUUGUUUGGAAUCAUUUACUAGAUCUAAUACUUUUCCUCGGAUGAUCCAUCGAUCGCGGAGUGGAAGUUUUUUAAAAUAAAUUGAUGGCCACCAAGAUCCAAGAUAUCACAAUAAUAAUGCUACGAUGUACGAUAGUUGGGAUAAGGGUGUGGUGACCUAGCUACCGUAGCUAGCCAGCAAAGAUAUAGUCUAGUUACGAGAG